AUGUUCCCCCGAGGUUCCAUCGCAUCUCAGCUGCCCGAGUUUACGGGUGAAGUGGUACAACUUUCGAAUGGCUAUGAAUAUGUCGAUUCCUUCGCUUCAUUCAUCGGGCUAGGAUCCUUCGGUGUCGUCUUCAAAGGUUACAGCGCUAAACACCAAACUGAUGUUGCCAUCAAGAAAAUGUCCAAACAAAAUGUUAAGGACAACGAACUUAGGGUCAUUAGAUCGUUAAACAAUGCUUACUUAGUUGGUGUAUUGGAUAUUUGUGAGUUAGAUGAAGUUACUUGCUGCCUUAUUAUGGAACUAUGCGAUGGCGAUCUAGAGAAUCACAUCAGGCAUCAUUCCAAUGAUGGACGAUUAAACAGUGCCAAUCUCAGAGUGCUAAUCGAUAACAUUGCGCGUGGCUACAAAGGAUUGUUUGACUUGAAGAUCGUCCAUCGUGACAUUAAACCGCAAAAUAUUUUGAUAAAAUAUGUAUCAAAGAGCAAACAGCUGUCAGCAGCAAAGAUUACGGACUUUGGUAUUGCACGAACUCUGGACAGUGAUGGGGCCGACCUAUGUAACGUUGCUGGCACACUAUUCUACAUGGCUCCCGAAGUAGGUGCUAAUCUGCUGAAGACUUGUCAGUAUGACUCUAAAGUCGACAUGUGGAGCAUCGGAUGCCUACUGUAUCAGUGCGUUACUGGGGAGAUUCCAUUCGAUGAGUGUUUCCUGUGCAAACUAUUUUUGUAUACUGCUGGUGCCAACUAUGAUGCCUAUGACCCGCCUGAGCUACCAGAGACAACAAACGAGGAAAUAGGCGACAUGAUUCAUUCGUUACUAGAAAUCGACUCGUCCAGAAGAUGCACGCCUGUGCAGUUCUAUGAUAAAGCAACAAGGUUUAGCCAGAAAGUUUCU